AGUCCUCUAAAGACCAACCCCAAGACACCUGUUGUACCAACACCUCGACCAUCAGUUUACCUCAUCAACACUUCAUACUCCAACAAAUUACCAAAAACCAGCUCAAUAAUCUAACAAGAUGGCUCCCAGAAAGUUUUUCGUUGGUGGGAACUUCAAGAUGAACGGGACUCUCGAGUCCCUUCAACAGCUCGUCAAAAGCUUCAACGAGGCCGAUCUUGACCCCAACACAGAGGUGGUCGUUGCUCCACCGGCGCUCUAUUUGAUGCCUGUCCGAGACACUGCCCAAAAGAACAUUCAAGUCGGGGCUCAAAAUGGAUAUCUCGAAAAAUCUGGCGCCUUUACUGGUGAGAUUUCAUUCACUCAACUUAUCGAUGCAAAGAUUCCGUGGGUGAUUCUGGGACACUCCGAACGCCGAAGCUUGUUCCACGAAGACUCUGAAUUUGUUGGCGCGAAGACUGGAGCUGCAUUAGCCGCAAACCUAUCGGUGAUUGCCUGCAUCGGAGAGAGUUUGUCGGAGCGUGAGGCAGACAAGACCCUUGCGGUUGUCGAGAGUCAGCUAGAAGGGAUUAAGCAGGGCCUCGCCAAACACGGCCAAUCCUGGGACCGAGUUGUGGUCGCUUACGAGCCCGUCUGGGCGAUCGGGACCGGCAAAGUAGCUACCCCGCAACAAGCUCAAGAGGUUCACAAAGCCAUCCGAGAAUGGUUCAAGAAAAAUGUGGAUGCUAAGACCUCGGAAUCCAUCCGUAUCAUCUACGGUGGAAGUGUUAACGGUAAAAACUGCGAGGAACUAGCUCGUGAGGUUGACAUUGACGGCUUCUUGGUCGGUGGAGCCUCCUUGAAGCCUGAGUUCGUUCAAAUCAUCAACUCUGGAAAAUCCAAGCUAUAGAUCUUCAGUUUGAAUCUAUACUGGCUCUCCAUUCGCUGUUACUUUGAGAAAAAAAAUCAUCAUCAAGUUGCAAUGUUAUAUACUUGCCCCACCCGCAAUCAUGGGCGCGGGUCUCUGUAUUACAGCGUUAUGUGUAUCUUUUGUUAUAGAAAUUCACAACUGUUACCAAGAAGAGGAAUAAUAGUUUCGGCUGUGAGCUGCGUGCAGCAUUAGAAAGUUGGCAUCUCUAACAGAACAUGUAUUGAGAAGAAUGAAUCAUCUUGAACCUUACCAGUAUUACAUUCUUGACAGAACUGAUGUUGCUUGGAAUUCUGGUUUUGUAUACACCUGAGUAGAGGGCUGAUCAUCCUACAACAUACAGUUGGAAGAAUUUUGGCAACAACUUACCCAAGCAAUUUGGAUGCUUUCAAAGUCAAUUUGCAAGAUGGAAUACUAUUUUCCAAACA